GACACCAACCAGAUGACAACGGAUCAGAAAAUCAAUCUGAACACCUCUGUUGUUUAGCUCUUUGUUCUCUCUCUCUCUCUUUUUAUUUUUGUCUAUUCCGGUAGUUGUUUCACGGUUAGAUUUAAGCCUCCCUGUUAUUAACCUGUGUGGUCAAGUGAAGCUGUGCAACAUGGGAGAACAUGGCGGACGACGUCCACGGACAAAGCGGCUCUGCUUUUGCUCAGUCUAACGAACAAGAAGAAUACGAGUGCAAAAUCUGCUACAACCACUACGACUUGGACCGUCGCGUUCCCAAAGAGUUGAGCUGCUCCCACACCUUCUGCCUGGAGUGCCUCGAAACUCUGCACUCGCGGGAGGGUCGAGGAUGGAGGGUCGGCUGUCCCGUGUGUCGCCAUCGGACUCCGGUUCGGGAGUAUCAGGUUGAAAACCUCCCGAACAACAGGGCGCUGUGCGAGGCUCUUCCGCUUGGAGAGCAUCAGCGUCAGAGCUCCUCAAACGCGGAAGAGCAACAGACAGGUCCGUCCGGGUCUUCAGCCGCAGAGGAACGCUGUGAGACCUGCAAGGACGUCGCCUUUACCACGAGCUGCGUGUGCGCCAUCUUCUCCUUCCUCUCCAUGGUGCUGCUUUUAUUUCUGGGCCUCAUUUUCGUGCACAAUUUCAACCACGUAGCGUCGCCGGUCGGCCCCGUUUGUCUGUUCGUCGCCAGCGUCCUGGCUCUGAUCUCUAUUAUAUUGACUUGGUUGAUGUGCAUGCUGAAGUAUGGAGCAGAAACAGAAGCGAGCGCCCUCAGUUCCCUCACCUCUAACGUAAUGUGAUCCUCGGAGUUUGAAGUGGACUUUUGAAAUGGGAUAUUUAAAGGCGUGAAAUUCAAGGGCUUGUCGCGCCUUCUUGGUGAAUUUUGAGAUUGUCAAUAAAUGACUGUGUGCUUUAUGAAAAUGGACUAAUUGUGUCGAGAAUUGCUCAUUUGUUUGAUUUUCCUUCACUGUGGUGAGGAGCGCCACAUAGCCAAUUUUUACUACAUGUAAAAAAAUUUGCAUAGGCUAUGUACUAAACAGAAAGGUCAAAUCGAGACUGAAAUAAACAAUGGUGAUCACAGUU